AUGCGCAACGCCGCGCUGGGCCAGGCCGCAGGGCCUCCGAGCUCGCGGCGAAAGCGUGCUACGGUCGCGUGCGAAAAGUGCCAUUCCCGCAAGGUGAGAUGCAAUAUCAGCACCAAGGGGUUCCCUUGCGCAAACUGCGAGCAGGACGGAGCUUCUUGUACAAUCUUUCGUCCAAAGAGAACUCGAAUUGGUAUCGGUCUUUCACCCACAUCUCGGACAACGCAUGCAGAAAGCUCCAGUUCGCCUCUGCCACAAAUGUCUUCUCUCCAGAGUUCAAUGCUAGGGAAUGUGUCGCUUGCUGCUCAAAACCAGCCGCUGGUGUCGCCGCCCGAAAGUCAUGGUAGGAGCAUCGGGUGUCAUCCGGGACAGGUUAUCCCGAGCCCAAUGCCAACCCAGACAGACGUGGACGAUGGAAGCCCAGAUGACCUUGUCAAUCCUGGCUCCUUCAAUGUGAGCCUCGAGGGCCAAGACGUUCAGGAUGCAGUACCCUUUUACGUCGGAAAUGAGCAAGGCCUAGAACUCAUGCUAGACAUUUGCCGACCCGAGCGUCUAGAGCGUAAUCACUUUGUAGUUCCCUACACUGCAGCAAAAUCAACGAGACCAGAGGACAUGUCGUACCUGCAGAACAAUGGCGUGUUUGACCUACCACCAGAAAAUCUUAGAUGCGAACUACUGUGGCACUAUGUGCAUUACAUACACCCCAUGGUACCAAUCGUCGAUUUGAAUAAUCUUUUGCUCGAUUGCGCGGCUGGCGGUCCGGUCAAGACCAGCCCGUUGCUUCUAUGGAGCAUGUUUUAUGUCUCGGCAAGAACUCUACCUCUUCCAUUGGUCAAGGUGGCUGGUUUUCGAUCCAACAAGGAAAUGCAACAUUCAUUAUAUAAAAAGGCAAAGUGCUUAUACGACAUGGAUUUCGAAAAGAACAAAAUCACACUCCUUCAGUCUCUCAUCUUAAUGUCCAACCGGUAUGCCGACACGGAGGACCGUACAGGGCCUUGGCAUUGGAUCGGGGUCGCCAUUAGCCUUGGUCAUACUAUUGGCCUCCACCGCAAUCCCUGCCUCGGAAACUCUACAGGUCCGCAGCAGUCAUAUUUUGAAGCGCAAAUGUCUCUAUGGAAACGACUGUGGUGGAGUUGCUUCCACCGUGAAACAUGGCUUGCGUUGAGCCACGGGCGACCGAUGAGAAUUCAUCCCGAAGAUUGCGACAUGCCAAUGCCCGCAGCAGAAGACAUGUGGGCAGGCACAUCUCUGCUACCCGACGACAUUCGACAGAAAUACAUUCCAGGACCAGAAGACUGCGCUGCCUUUUCUCAAGUUCACCUUAUCAACCUCGGCUUGUCCAUUACUCUAUCAAAACUCUUACGAGCGCAUUACCGGCCAGGAAAGUCUCCAUCAAUUCAACAAAUUAAUACCGAUGACGCCAUGAUUCAAGAGCAUGCACAACCAUGCCGAGAGUAUUGCGAGCACUCGAAUCCCCUCGUGCAAAAUUAUGCGUCCCAUAUCUUGAUUCACUACGAAGUUUUAAUGAUUAUUCUCUACCGGCCAUAUCUUCUCAAGCUGCCCAGUUGUAAUGGUACAAUGAAUCUUGAGGACUGGCAAGCUCUGGCGCUGAAAAAAGCAAAACUGGCUGCCGAUAACAUAAGCACCACUCUCAACAGGCUCACGGCGCUCGAGUUGAUUAAUCUCUUUGAUUCUACCAUUAUUCUGGCCCUUAAGCCGGCAAUGCAGAUUUAUCUGUUUCUCUCCACCUCGACCAAUACCUUUUACCAAAGACAUGCCUUUCUCCAGCUUGAGUUUUACAUGCUCGUUCUUCGCGAACUGCUUCCUAGUGCCUGGACAGCAAGAAUGACCAUUGAUCUCUUUAGAAAGGCCAUGGGAAAGCUAGCAGCAAGACGAGGCCAGGCGACACAGCAAUACGGCGAUUCAGGAUUUCUGCCCGAAAAUCCUUCCACCAGCACGGCAGAUGAAAAUUUUGCCAUGCGAGGGAACUGGCCCCCCCUUCCCUGGCAGACUCCCGACGAUUACAUGAUGGACAACAUGACCGACUUGUCCAUUCCAAACCUGGGCGAGAGCUGGGACUUUGCACUGGAAACCGUUCUAGACGAAACAUUUGAAUCAAUCAACUGA